GUGACGAAACGUGUAUGGCAAUAAUUUCAUUUCCCUUCCUUUAUAUAAUGUUUUGUGCAAUUGGAUGUUCUUUAAACUGCGUUUUGUUGUAUUGUAGGCCACAGUUUUGGAUUUCCUCUGCUUCUCUCUUGUUUUCCCUAUCCCUUGCGCUUAAACCAAAACAUAGCUAUGUAUAAAGUCACUGUUAUUGGUAGCGGCAAUUGGGGCAGUGUUGCGGCAAAGCUUAUCGCCUGCAACACCGUGAGACUUGAUUCUUUCCAUGAUGAAGUGAGAAUGUGGGUAUUCGAGGAAAAAUUGCCAAGCGGGGAGAAGCUCACAGAUGUUAUCAACAAAACCAAUGAGAAUGUUAAGUAUCUCCCUGGGAUUAAGCUUGGUAAAAAUGUUGUUGCAGAUCCAGACCUUGAAAAUGCAGUUAAGGAUGCCAACAUGCUGGUGUUUGUAACCCCACAUCAAUUCGUGGAAGGAAUAUGCAAGAGGCUUGCAGGGAAAAUAAGGGCAGAUGCAGAGGGAAUUUCUCUUAUCAAAGGGAUGGAGGUCAAGAAAGAAGGGCCAAGCUUGAUCUCAAAUCUCAUUACCAAACAAUUAGGAAUUAAUUGUUCAGUUUUAAUGGGGGCCAACAUAGCAAAUGAGAUAGCAAUGGAGAAAUUUAGUGAAGCAACAGUUGGAUAUAAUCAAAACAAAUCAGCAGCAGAUAGAUGGGUUCAGUUGUUUUGCACUCCUUAUUUCAAUGUGACAGCUGUCCAGGAUGUUGAAGGCGUCGAACUCUGUGGAACUCUGAAAAAUGCUGUGGCCAUAGCUGCAGGUUUUGUUGAUGGCUUGGAGAUGGGGAAUAACACAAAAGCUGCAAUAAUGAGAAUUGGCCUGAAAGAGAUGAUGACAUUUUCAAAGAUGUGUUUUCCAUCUGUUAAGGAUAGUACCUUUUUUGAGAGCUGUGGUGUAGCUGAUCUUAUCACAACAUGCAUGGGAGGGAGAAAUAGGAAAGUUGCCGAUGCUUAUGCCAGAAAUGGAGGGAAGAGGUCUUUUGAUGAGCUUGAAGCAGAGAUGCUUCAAGGCCAGAAAUUGCAGGGUGUCUUAACUGCAAAAGAGGUGCAUGAGGUUCUAAGUAGUCGCGGAUGGCUACACAUUUUUCCUCUCUUCUCAGCAGUGCAUGCAAUCAGCACAGGUCGUCUUCCACCAUCAGCCAUAGUUAAAAUCAGUGAAGAAAAACUCAGUUACAAACUUAACCUGUAGGCAUGUACAAUUAGUAAGCUCGCUUUAGAUGCAUUUUUGUUGUAAACACCUCAACAAUGAAGAGCACACUAACAAAGUUAGAAGGACAGCACACACGACAAGGUUCUUCGGAAGGUUAUUCAAUUCAUAUAAAGUAGCACAACCAUGCAACAGGCUGAAAAACUACACCAAAAAACAUUUGAGUCUAUCUAUUCUGAUUGCAGUUUCCAAUUUUGAGGUUGUAUUAAAUUAUUCAAGUGUAUUAGUUCCCUAACAUAGGGAGAAAUUUCUUCCAAAUUUUUCAUAUUGUAAUGUCCCCCCAUUAAUAUGUUGUAUACAGAUUCUUAUUUUUGAAUUCCGUAUACACAUUAAUACGUUAU